AAAAAAAAAACUAGAAUGAACAUAUAAAUGAAAACUAAUGAGUUGUUUGUGAGCUAAGAACACAAAUGCUCAAGGUAGGCUUGUUUAUUAAUGAACUUCAAUUACAGUUUUUGUUCAACCACAUUUGUUUAUUUAGUGAAUGAUUUAUGUCCAAACUUAUCUACAAGUAUAUUGACUCAUAGACAUCCUUACACGUAUAUUUUCUUAGGAAGCUCUUAGGAAGCCAUAGAACAAACAUAGAAAUGGUCCAAACUAAUACUUGUACAGCUUAUUUACAAGUUACAAUGUGAUAUACUAUUCUACGAAGUGAAAGAGUCUAAUUGAAAGACUACCCCUAAAUUCUCACUUACUUUUGUCAUCAUUUCAAUAGGUACAACACUGACCGUUGACUUGUUGACUUCCAAAGUCAAAGUUAACACCUUCCAAGAACCUCCCCUUGUUUUACUUAAUCACUUCUUUGAUUGAAAACAUUCUCACUCACACAAUAUUAAUCCUUAGCUUCCAUUUUUAUUUCUCCUCCAAAAUGGAUCAACGUCUUGUAUUCUUCAUUGCAGGACUAUCUUGUAUUAUUCUAAUCUCUCUCCCCCUCCUCAUCAUCCUAUGCGUUAAAUGCAAACAAAAGCGCCACCGCCGCCCUCGUAGCCAGCUCCCCGUGUCGCACUCUACGUUGCCACCCGUCGAUGGUUCGCCCUAUAUCUCCACCUCCUUUGACCCGGCUCUUCGCCAACUCUCCAUGCUUGAGCUCUUUGAAGCUACGAACGGGUUUGACCCCAAGCUCAUCAUUGGGGAUGGUAGUUUUGGCCUUGUGUACAAAGCUAAGCUUCCCUCCGGUGUCACUGUCGCGGUUAAGAAGCUAGGCGAGGAUGCUUUCCAAGGGCUUCGUGAGUUUCGGGCGGAGAUGGAAACCUUGGGGAGACUUCGUCACCGGAAUAUUGUAAAGAUUUUAGGUUAUUGCGUGUCGGGUUCGGAUCGAGUUCUUAUUUAUGAAUUUGUCGAGAAGGGGAGUUUGGACCAGUGGUUACAAGACAUGUCAUCAUUGUCGUUUAAUUCUUGGUGGGUCCCUUUGUCUUGGGAUUUGAGGGUUAAGAUUAUUAAAGGGGUGGCUAAUGGGCUGGCCUUUUUGCAUGGGCGAGAUGUUGCAGUUGUACAUAGAGAUAUUAAGGCUAGUAAUGUGUUAUUAGAUAAUGAAUUUGAGGCCCAUAUUGCCGAUUUUGGUUUGGCUAGGAGGAUUGAAGGGGCUAACUCCCAUGUUUCCACCCAAGCCGCCGGGACCAUGGGUUAUAUGCCUCCAGAGUACCUAGGGGGUUACCCGACUGCUACUGUGAAAGGUGAUGUGUACAGUUUCGGAGUUUUGAUGUUCGAGGUGGCGACAGGCAAGCGACCUAAUUUGCCUGUUCGGGAGGACGGACGUGAGAUUUGGAUGUUGGAGUGGGCUAAGAAAAAAAUAGGUGAAAGAAAACAUGUUGAGGUAUUAGACAUUAGUGUACCUAGGAAAGAUUUGAGAGAAGAUGAGGUUUAUGAAUUUUUUAAGAUUGCCAAUUUGUGCACUAACCAAAGGCAAAAGGAACGUCCUUCUAUGUGCAAUGUUGUGGAAAUGUUAAAUCAUAUUAGUGUAGAUUCUCUAAAAGUGUAAGAUUGUAUAUAUGUAGUUUGGUAAAAAUGAAAAUUAUAUUAAUAGAAUUCAAGUUGCUCAUAGAAGAAACAUAAUGAAUAAUGAAGUAUACAUUUAAAAUAAAAAAUG